UAACCAACUUCCACCUUUUAUGUGAACCACGUGAGCCACUAUGUUCGAGGGAUUAGUUAAGAGGCUCCUGGACACAUAUCUAGCGCCGUAUGUGGAUGGUAUCACUCAGAACCUUCAGCUGGCGGUGUGGUCCGGCAACAUCGUACUUGAAAACCUAACCCUAAAGACCGAUAUCACCGAGAAGCUAUCAUUACCAUUCGAUGUACACUUUGGUAAGAUCGGUAGACUUAAAGUAACGAUACCAUGGGCAAGUUUAGGCGCGACGCCAGUGAAGGUACUGGUAGAUUCAGUCUACCUCUGCAUAAGUGGUAUAGCGUCAAACAAGACAGAUGAUGAGCUGCUGCGAUACGUUCGUGAGAGCAAAGAAAAGCUCACGAAUAUGCUCGAAAACGAGUAUAGCGCCUUUGUUAACAGCCUAAAUAUCAAAACAGAUGUUAACUCAUCAUACCUCCUACGCCUGUCGCAAAAGGUCCUGAACAACAUACAAAUCGAUCUCAAUAGCAUACAUCUGCACUGCGCUGAUCAAAGACAUGCAUUCGGUUUUAUAAUAGACUCCAUAUCUAUCAGGAAGUACCGCCCAGAGGAUGGAAAUGGUAUCCUGAAGGUAACCACUGAUGACUCUACGAGGGAAGAAGCCGUUACACAUGUUUGCAGCCUGCUUGGAUUUUCUAUAUAUGAACGCCCUGGAGAUGGCGAUGAUGAAGAAUUCUCACGCUCAUCAUCAUACCACGGCCUUAACGAGGAUGUUACUACUGAUGCAGUCGCCGACAUUGAGGAUAUCGCAACACAACAGCACAGUGGCGCCUUAGCAUUGAUAGAGGCGCCCAUUGAACAGACAACAGGUAAUGAAACAGUUGAAUUGUCCGCGGAAGCUAAAAGGCGCAUCAAAAGAGCAGAAACCACUUUGAUGAAGUUUAGUGAAGGAAGCCUAGCAACAAAUACACUACUGGAGAAGCUGUCUUUCAGCCUACUAUUGGCAAUAAAUGUUAAAAACAAGUCGAUAUUUGCAUCACUCCGGGUAGGUACAUCCGAGAAGACAGCUGGCGUGGAGCGUGAAUCACUCAGGAUCAUAUUAUCGCUGGAAAGUCUAAGGUCGUUCGUUGAAUUGUGGACAUGCUGCGUAAUUGAGGCCGAAAGAAGCGAAAAGAUGUUAAUGGAACGUGCUCAUACCGUAGAUCUGAGUCCGGAGGGAAUCAAGGGAACGACACGGGAGGAAUUUAUCACGCUAUACACCAAAAAGAUAAAUUCAGAACAUUUCAACGGAGAUCCUUUAAGUAUAAUGGAAGAUGAUAGGCUUACUGUGCUCACUGACGUGGUCCCAGCACGCCACUUGGCAAGAUGGCGGUUUGCAGCUCGGAAACUGACUGACGCCGUGGCGGCAUCGGAGCAGUCCAAAAAACAGGCCUUAGCUAAUAAUGCAGUGCCGACGUCUCCAGCGACAACUACAUGGUUCGGAUGGCUCAAGGGAGUUGCAACCUCAGUAAACAAGCGCAACAUAUUCAAAAGUGGUGUACCCAAAGAGGAUGCUGUACUGGCAGUGGCUGAUAUACCGGCCAUCGAAGCUGGAGACGUGGAAAAUGAAUCUCCAACGUCAAGCACGCCCGUUGACAAGAUAGAGCUAGAGGAUAAUGCAACUAUGGAGUAUUGCCAGACUGAUACCCUGGACCCAGUGACACCCUUUGUAGAUACAUCGUCAAUGGAUAAUGCAGACGAGUUCAUGGAAUACACCAAAUUCAGAACAAUUGGAGAUACAGAUCAAGUAGAGUGCUUGCCGGGAGGGUUGGUGCUCACAGGCGAGGAAAUUGACCUAAUCAGAGACGUGUUAGCACUAGGUGACAUGUUUGAAGAUUCCAUGGCAACCAACAACUACUACUUUGAGUGCGCACUGCCGCACUUUGAGUUUAUUAUAGACGUUGGAGGCCAUACUACAGCCACUGCCGAUACGCUAUGUAUGUCAACCGGGAACCUAAACUUGCAGAUAUAUUGCAACGCCGUGGUAGACACGAAUGACCGUGAUACGUAUAACGCAUACUUCUCGGUUAACCUGGAUUCAUUUGAUGUGCGAUACAAGGAUACAACUAUCAUGCACUUCAUCAAAAGCGUCAGCGAGCAAGAUGGUGACAGUGAGGCAAAGAGUAUUGAGGAUGACCCUGAAUCUGGAGAUAUACGCGCCAUAGAUCUUAACAUGACGCAUAAAGUGACCAACCAAGGCAAUGUGAUGAUGGUAAAUGGUGAAUUGAAGCCUAUGGAAACCCACAUGAUACCGGCAGUGAUGUCGGAGAUCGUGGAAAUCCUGCUAUAUAUUUUACCUAACUUUACUUCAAGGCCACCUUCCGGGAACAUGGGACAUGUUAUGGAAGCUUACAAGAACAACGGUUUGGCGUUAAAUAAAAUCAAUUUGGAUGACGAGCCUUGGGUAGCUGAUAGGAAUACAGUGCGCAUGGCAGCAGAACAUAUGCCCGCAUUGUUUUCAUUCGAUAUCAAAUUUGCCGCUCCAAUUCUACUGCUUUACAACGACGUUGGUGAUUGCAUAAACCUAAGAUUUGGUACACUUAACCUGUUGUCUAACGGGCCGUGCCCGCUGUCUGCGAUGUCUGGGACCAUAGAGCUGAAAGAAACACAGUUGAGUUGUCAUCAGCAUGGCAAUACACAUAACUCGUGGUACAGCUUUUUACGACCAUUGCCAGUGAAAAUACAUUAUGACUGUGAUAUUGUUACGAAAUCGCUGAACUUUGACAUACUGUUUGAGGAACUGUUCAUGCAAGCCACGCCAAUGGACACUGCACUACUGUACAGUGUGCCAUCGGAAAUUCUGUCGUGCGUCAUGGGAGCACGAGCAUCUUUACGACGUGGACGCGCUUCAAAGCCACUGGUUGAUCCCAAUGCAACGAAGACCACAUUGGAAAACAUAAAAUACAACGUAAAGGCCAUGGUCAUAUUCUGCCACUCGGGUUUCGCAGUCAUGAAUGCCGAAGGUUGCGAGGUUUUCAAGCUAGAUAUGCACAACGUCUCUCUAGAAAUAGCAUUUACAAACCGAAACUUGAGGGUACUACUAGGAUUUGAAAAAAUCAUGAUGUCGAAUCCAGCAAUGGAUAUGCCGUUAUUCUUCACUCACCUAGACCCGGCGCCAAUGAGUCGUGGAUCAUUAAUCUUAGACGAAGAUGACAAUGAAUUCGAAGAUGCACUGGAAGAUACAGCGAAGUCACUGCAAAUUGAAAUAAAGAGAACACAUGACGCACAGGUGUCAAUAGCAGCCAACAUAACCGAUAUGGAGGGUAAUUGGCAGUACUCCAGUAUCAAGCUAAUAAUAGAUACAAUGGAAGAAUAUAAGAAGUGCUGUAAUUUGAAAGGUGCCGAGGAAAGUAGCGAUGGCGCGCCAAAGAGCGACCCAGCAGAAGCUCAUACCGAUUCGGCUAAAGAAAGCCUAGUAAACUCCAGAACCAUUACAGAGAGUGACAUACAACCAAUGUCCUCGGAACCAGCUGCACAACCGGAUCUACCUCAGAGUUUUACGGGCUUGCCGCAUGUGGUUAGAUCUAUACAAACUAAUAUUUCUCACGUAACUACACCAAGGUCAGACUGUGGCUACUCCAUACAAGAUAGCAUUAGGCAUGAAGGUACUACGUUUAUACGUAGCGGAACGCUUCCGGAAUCAGGCGAAGGUACUUUUUGGCAAGAACUAGAGGAUUGCAAUAUCAUACUCGAUGAACUCCCAACGCUCUUGUCAGAGCAGAAUAGCAAUGAUUACAUCACCAAAGUCACAGUUAACGUUAAAGGCGCGGCUAUUGUUUUCUGGAACGCACAAUCGCAGGUAGAAGCGCGACUUAGUGUAAGCAAGAUAGCAUAUUACCUACACAAAUUUGGAAGCAAAGAGUCCAGCUCGCAACUUGAAUUGGGCACUGCCAAGCUGACAUUAGGAACAAGGUGUCUGCUGUCGUAUACCGAUACGAAAUCAUUAGAGGAAGAUGGAGUAACAGCCAUGGAUAAACCACUCAUGAGCUUAAAGUGGAAGUGUUACGACAGUAUAGAAUUAGGAGUACCAUAUUCUAUGUGCCUAACCGGAGUACUAGAACGUAUAGUCAUUGUCUAUUUUCACCAAGAUAUGACACGACUGCUGGACUACUUAGACGACGGUAUCCUGAGUGUGUUCAUAUCAAAGUCGUAUCAUAAAGUGGUGGAAGCAGCUGCGUCCACCCACAUGUUCUACAGCUUUUCAGUAGCCUCACCCAUAUUCCUGAUACCUGAGAAUAAGGCCAUACUGCCACAAACAUGGGAUCACGCAGUGCCACAUGGCUCUACACUGCCAAACCAUAUGACCAAGUCAAGUGUUAACCUAAUAUGUCAGCCAGUGGACACAGGCGACCCGUUCUGCAGGCAGAUGGCUCAGAAACUUAGCGGAAUAGUGGACACGUGGUACAUCGGGUCAUACUUGCUAUUUGAACUGGGACACUUAUAUAUCAGAAACGGAUAUACGCAACGUGACGGUAAUGACAAGCAGUCUGCUAUAUACCUCAAGAUGCUGGGUACACGUGCCUCAAUAAUAGAACAGACACAUGGAUCGCCAGAAGUAAUGGGUAGUGUGCUGCAGUCAACCGACCUCGGAGUAUGCUAUAUUGGUGGUGGAAUGCUAGACCUAGGCAUAGACUCCGAAGCGUGGGUACUAAAACUCACAAGAAUGCAACUCAGCUUCAUUAUUGACGUACUCAAUGAGAAUAUAUGCGGAUCGUCGUACAAAACGAGAACACAGGGUGUAGUCCAGCAGCAAAAGCCACAGUUCCAUUGUUUUAUACGAAUGUCACUUAAAAGAUUUGAAUUCGAUACUUGGUUCGCACCUGAAAAACCGCUGGCCAGGUUAAGAUUCAACGCUAUUACUGUAUGUCUCAAUUACGCCUCAGAUAACGUGCGAAUGACGUCAUGCUAUCAAUUUGCACUGUGUGGCAAGACGCUAACCGUGGAUGAUACACGUAAGGACUCCAUCAAUGCCCACCGCAGGUUAAUCAACUGUUUCGUACAGGAAAGUCCGGAGCAUGUAAACCCAGAUGAAGAAGAAGUGCAGUGCAUGGAACCCAGUGUUAACGGACUCUUGCAAAACUGGCUUAGAAACUAUAGGAAUAGAACAGGACAUGAUCUGUUCAGCAGUGAAGAUGCAGCGGAUCAAUAUGGAGUUAAGGUAGUAUUAGUUAACGAAAACAAUCAAACCAAUGUGGAUGCAAUGGUUAACAAUGCCGCAAUAUCGCUACUGUGUAUACAUGCCAUGGACCUGCUGAGAUAUUUCACAUUGUCGUACGCCAUGAGCUCAAUGGCAACUUGUCCGAAGCAAUAUCAAAUCACACAACCAAUAGUCAGUGAAAAGACGUAUCUGUUUAACUUCAAAACGAACAGUGGCAAGUUUAUCGCAUUCACACAAAUGGACUCCACGACAUCUCCACAACUUGAACUUAGCACUGAUUUUAUCCUAGAAAUGACCAUGCAAAACGGUUCGUUUAACUUCAUGAAGGUGGAUGUGAUAGGAUGCAAAUUGGAACGAGUGUACCCAUAUAGUGGUAAACGUCAGGAAUUAUGUAGCUGUCUUGAGGUGUUCGGUUCAGGACAGUAUGUAAGCGAGCAACAGGGUUACAAAAUGUUUUUUAACUUCACGGUACCGCCCUCUAAUCUGACAUUGUACACCAAGGACCUUAGCGUAAUCCUAGCGGCGUUCACGUCAGUGCUCACUGACGGCCCUUCGGCAGCACCACCCAGGGAAGACGAUGGCACCAUGGUCAAAGGAAACAAUGGCGAUGGUAAAUUCUUAUCAGUCAGCUUCAAUAUCAAAGGAAUCAAAGUGACGUUCUUUGACGAUAUGCGCAAAUGCCUCGUGCCAAUGAUGCGACUCUCCAUAGCAAGCGAUAAUAUAGAGUACAUGGGCCUGCCCAUAGAAAAAAGAUAUACCAUUGUGCGCUGCUCAACACGGCUGGAGUAUUUUAACGCUGUUAUCGGUGACUGGGAACCAUGCCUUGAACGAUGUAACUGUAGCCUCGAGUAUACCAAUAAUGUUAAUACGCAACGAACUGUGCACAGACAGACUAAACCUGCCCGCAGCAGUACUGAAGACGACUGGAAGGAUUUUGUACCAAACAAAGUACUCAAGUUAUCGAGCUCGCAUAACAUAUUAAUCAACAUCACACCGAGCUUGUGCCAACUGCUGCUGUGGUUCAUACCAAUGCUUACCGAUAACAUACAGAGAGGACUGGUAUCGAUGGACACUGAUGGUGAAGAGCCGGAUGUACAAAUUGAAAACAGUGCUUAUAGGUAUGUCAACCUUACAGAAUAUGAAUACCGCGUAUUCACCAUUGGCAGUGCGGGAAACACAGCAAAAGGUAUUAACGGACUGCGUACUCUACAGCAAACAAAUAUACCAAAGGAGUUGGAUUCUAUAGUCAGUACAGUUGGAGUUGAUGAUACAAACAGCUCAAAUAUCUACGUAGUAGGUAGGCCGUCUCCAGAAAUAGUCGGAAACAUAUGCGAUACCAUGGGCAUACAAAGUAGGGAAACUGUAGAGAGGGAUCUAAUGGUUACGCGCAGUAUCACGAAGACGAUGGAAAACCUCAACUUAAGCAAGUCUUACAUACCGUCAACAUACAAAACACCAUUUGAAAACGGUACAUGCGCAGCUAUGGUACCCUUGGCACGUAACUGUUGCGUGCUUCUAAAUGCACCCGUAGAAGAUAUUCCACAGUCUUACAACAAGGAUACGACAAUAUGUGAAGUUAAAACACCGCAUCCAUCGCAUAAACUAUUGCUAUUCACCUCAACAGUAAGGGUCUAUAACAGAAGUGGAAUGCCGCUGCUACUAACAUUCCUCGACCAAACGUUCAACGUAGUCCACGUAUCUAAUCUAAAAACAAGAGGAGCGCCUAUAUCAAUACUAGAUACAGGGGGGUCUUCAGGAGAUGACUUUGGUGAAACCACUACGGUACAAUUCCCAGAUUCCAGCCUUGACUACCUUAGGGAGCAACAGGCUGAUGCCGGUUACACUAUGCUAUUGGAGCACAAUCACUUCGCAUCAGUGCCGGAAUGUGCAUUCCAGGGACCUGCACAGGCCGUUAUUAGUUUUCUACCAGCGCCAUUGGCAAUGAAUCGCACUUUUAUGGACGCUUUCAACGAUAGAGCAAUGAAGAAGGAACAGAUGCAGAGCAAUACAUGGCUAAAACUGUCAAAUACGACAGGAUGGUCGAAAAUAGUCGAUAGCUCAAAACAUAACGGAACAAGAGUAAGACAGUGCUAUUGCCCCGGGUUUACCAAAUCCAGCUUCCUAUACUUUGUAGUCUCAGUAAUCAAGAAACGCAGUGCAUUCCCGGCGAAUGUGGAUAUGCGUGACGUAGUUAUAUACCCCGCGCUCAGCAUAAUGAACACUUUGCCAAUGGAACUGGAUGUAUGCCUCAGCGCAAACGACAGGGUACCUAGCGAUGAAGCAGCAGCCACCAGGAAGAAUGACAGAUGUAUACAGGAGGUAUUAACCCUACUCCGGGAGUCUAUCACGCAUAUAUACUCAUUGCCGCCAAACGAGUCACUCACUUUCAUGGCCAAAAUAUGCUAUAAUGGAUCAAAUAUAUGGUCAGAAAGGGUAACGAGGAUUUAUGGUACUUCAGAAACGCAUACCAUGCUGGCAAUACCGAUACGUGGUAUGGCGCCAGUUGAACUCGAGCUUAUUAGGUAUCCGGGAGGGCUGCCAGUGUCAUCAACGUCUUUCCAGGGGCAUCUUAGUCUUAUACUGAAUGCACCUUGGAGAUUCAUCGACCGUACAGGGUUAGGAAUAUCGUUCCAAAAACGACUACCACGAGCUGUAAUAUGUGGGUUGUCAUUCUUCUCAUCCGAAGAUGAGGAUGAUGCUUUGCACUUAUGUGUCAAUGGGAAAAUAUCAGAUAGAAUGGAAGCAAGCGUUAGAAUGCCAGCAGUGGGUGGAUACUCAUAUGCACUUGUAGGCAGCGGUGGUAAGCACCACUCGGUAUGCUUAAUAACAGAAAAAAUAGCUAUAGGAGGAUUGUCACAUCACGUGGCUUGUCGUAUCACGUCAGCCAUACCAAGCUUCCUGUUUACGAACAACCUAGGUACCGACCUCUACAUACGUAAAGACAACAGGAUGACCCCAAUAUGCGUCAACAGUGGCAAAAGCGUAGCCAUACCGUGGGUGUCUUCCAAGGCAAUUGCGGACCCUGCAACGCUGCCCUCCGCUGUAGCCACCAUUGAAUUCAAUAUGGCCGAAGAUGGAAUUUGGAGCAACCCAAUUCUCCUCUCAGAAAGCCAUUCCGGUCAAACAUACAUGAGUUUGAAGCACGAUAAGAACAAUAAACCUAUCGUAUUUUGCGUAUCUGUAGUGCCAAAAGGGGGUGCGAAAUACUGCUCAAUAUCAUUACCGCAAAAUUUAAACGAAGGGUAUGUCCUAAUUAACCAGUGCCCGUACAUCAAGGCAGCAAUGGUACGGACUUUUCACCAGGGUGGUGAAGUCGGAACCAAGGGGAAUGGUGUAUACUUCACCGCAAAAUAUGGCCAGUCAGUGCAUCUAGGAUGGCAGCAACCAUUCUUAAACAAGACUAGACUCUGCCAAGUUAUGUUGUGGCUGGAUAAAAAUACAGUUGCCCCAAUCAAGCCACUGGUUAUCAAUAUAGGCUCUCCGGCCUUCAGAUACAGACAGAUAGAGGUAACUACACCUGAACAUGCAGGAAAUUAUACAGUUAUAGUCACAGCGGAAAAUCGCGGUGACUAUAUAUCCAUAACUACAAGCCCAUCAAGGCCUUACCUAGAAUUUGAAAGUAAACUUGGAGAAGCAACGUCAUCCACGCGAACAAGCAUAAGCAGUAUACGAGUACCGUCAGUGGCAUACUCUAACGCUUCGGAUUGUGGUGACAGCACUCCCGAAAGACGUGAAAAGGAAACCAGAAACGUGCUGGACUUGAACACAGAAUUGUUGAACAGCUCAGAGGGUCUUGUUGACACUAACGAAGCUGAAGAUGAGGUGCUUAAUGAACCAGUGGUGCGAAGUCUACAGAUGCAAGUGCAGCUAUCACAAAUCGGGUUGAGCCUAGUGUCACAUAACCUGCAUGAAGAGUUGAUAUUUUUGGAAAUGUCUACAGUCUCGUUUGUAUGCCUGUGGAACGGGGAAAACCAAAGGUUGGAACUUAGAAUCAGCGAUAUACAAAUUGAUAAUCAAACCGAAGAGAAGCAUCUUGACGAAGAGCAGUGUUCCACCAUCCUGGUCAAUCGCAGAAAAACUAUCGGGAAUGAUCACCAACGUCACGUGUUACAGGUUUAUGUUGAUAGACCAUUUGCAAGCUCUAAAGACCUGUGCCUAAAAAAGGUAUUCGUCUCAUUGGAUGAUUUGGAGGUUGAUAUUUCAGAUAACCUAUUGAGCAGAGUAUACAACUUCUACAAAGAAUGCAUGAAGUGCAUGGGUGACUUCGCGUCGCAGAAAAAAGUUGACCUACGUCUAAUUGACACAUGGGUACAGGAAGAAGCACGAGAGAAGAUGGGCUCAUUAGAAAAGACACCUCUACCACCGCGAAUGCUGGUGCUAGACUUUUUGUUCAUAGAAAGAUUCAACCUGGUGCUAUGGUGUAGCUUCGAUUUGGAAAAGCUGCAUAUGCUAGGUGACCUCAUGCGUAUGGGCCUCCGCAUAAUAUGCGUCUCGCGGCAUUUCGAGUUGAUGGGAGCCCCUCUGCAGUUCCAACAGGAGUAUUUCUGUAACUGCAGAGGGUCUAUCCAGUCAUUCUACGAACAGAUAAAGGACAAAUAUCUCCAUGCGGCACUCGGGUGUAUAGGAUCGUUACUGGGAUACAGCUCGUUACUGAAUAUACCGAAGAUACCUAUCAAUGUAGGUAGAAACACAAUAGAAUUCGCAGCUGAAGCAGUUGAUAGUGUAAGCUCAGGUAUAGGCAGUUUGCUUUCCAAAUUUACAUUCGACAAUGAAUACAUCAACAAACGACAGAGGGAUCGAAUGGCAGUACCCAGUGGAAAUAUGCGAGAUGGGAUACUUUCAGCCGGAAAAAGCAUUGGCGAAGGAUUCAUGUCACUAACUAACAUCGUCACCAAACCUAUUGAAGGAGCUCAAAAGGGUGGUAUGGGAGGCUUUAUACGCGGCCUAGGUAAAGGUCUUGCUGGAUCCAUAGUGAAACCUAUCGACAAGGUGGGUCAAGCGGUAUCGCACGUGUCACGCACCAUCAAAGUUAAUAUGUCCAAGCAGUUAGAAGGUCAGAGGUGGUGUGCAGAACCAUGCCGAAGGCCACGCAUGCUUUGGGGAGAGUACUCACAGCUCAAGCCGUACAGCCUUAGUGAUGCUGAAAUCAGGCAACAGCUUGGGCACAAGUUUGCUAAAAACAUCGUACACUGCGAGACAGUUUCAAAACGAAGCCACCCACAAAGCCACAUUGCCCUGCUGUUCUAUCCCUCAAAGGUCUACUAUGUCGAUUUGAAGCCGAGGCCAACAAUAAUCUGGAAGGUGCCAAUAGCGGAUAUCCAAGAAUGUAGAGCGUCGUGCUACGGUGUUAUAAUAAGAUACUCCGACGGUACAUUACAAGUACCAUGUACAAAUGCAGGGCUUAUAUACUCAAUAUUCACAGCUAUGCAGCAAGCCAAACGCCAGUCUAAAUCGUCAAUUGUAAUAGGGCCCGAACUAUUUGAAUCAUACAAUUAAAUGCAGCAGUGAUAAUAUCACACGUCAGGUCCAGGGGGCUAUAAUGUUUAACAUGCUCUACAGUUGGUUUCAGCCAAGUUACCAUAGCAAUUAUGACCGU